AUUGGCUGAUAUUUGUAUCCCUCCGCUGCAUGGCUGAAGGUGAAGUGGAUCCAAUUCAUAAUACACCUAUGUGUGCGAGCCCUUCCUGUCUCCUUGUCCAACAUGUCAUCCAGUGGACUUUUAACCAUGCGCGUUCAAAUGUGUAAUCGCCUGACUCACAGAUACCUCUCAAGAACCUACACAUCUCGCCCUUCACUCAAUGAAGUCUUCAUUGUCAGUGCAGUCCGCACUCCAAUGGGCUCCUUCAGAGGCAGCCUGGCAGCACUACCAGCCACCAAACUGGGCUCCAUUGCCAUCAAGGGAGCCAUAGACAAAGCAGGAAUCGCUCCUGAAGAGGUGAAGGAAGUCUACAUGGGCAACGUGCUUCAGGCAGGAGAAGGACAGGCCCCCACAAGACAGGCCUUGCUUGGAGCAGGCUUGACCCUCGGCACUCCAGCAACAACCAUCAACAAAGUGUGCGCCUCCGGGAUGAAGUCCAUCAUGCUGGCAGCUCAGAGUCUAAUGUGUGGACACCAGGAUGUGAUGGUGGCAGGAGGGAUGGAGAGCAUGUCCAACGUACCGUACGUGAUGCCCAGAGAGACUCCAGCCUACGGAGGAGUGAGGAUGGAAGACCUCAUUGUGAAGGAUGGACUCACUGAUGUCUACAACAAAUUCCACAUGGGCAACUGUGCAGAACACACAGCCAAGAACAGCAACAUCAGCAGAGAGGAGCAAGACGCCUAUGCCAUCGGAUCAUACAGCCGCAGCAAAGCAGCGUUCGAGUCUGGUGUGCUGGCCAAGGAGAUUUUACCCGUUAGCAUUCCCCAGAGAGGCAAACCUGAUGUAGUCGUGUCCGAGGACGAGGAGUGGAGGAGGGUCGACUUCAGCAAAGUUCCCAAACUGAAGACGGUGUUCCAGAGAGAGAACGGCACCGUGACAGCAGCCAAUGCCAGCACACUGAACGAUGGAGCAGCUGCUCUCGUUCUAAUGACUGCAGAUGCUGCAAAGAAGCUCGGUGUCACACCACUGGCCAGGAUCGUCUCUUUUGCUGAUGCUGCUGUUGCACCCAUUGAUUUCCCCAUUGCUCCUGCAUUUGCUGUACCAAAGGCCCUGGAUGCAGCAGGACUGAAGAAGGAUGAUAUCAGCAUGUGGGAGAUCAACGAGGCCUUCAGCGUGGUCGUGCUGGCCAACAUGAAGAUGUUGGACAUCGACCCUGCAAAAGUCAACGUCAACGGAGGAGCUGUUUCACUGGGACACCCCAUCGGGAUGUCUGGGGCGAGGAUUGUGGGUCACAUGGUGCACAACCUGAAGUCGGGCCAGUACGGGCUGGCAGGUAUCUGCAAUGGAGGAGGUGGAGCUUCAUCUAUUAUCAUCCAGAAAGUGUAGAUGCAGUCCCUGAUGCACUCUUUGUUCAACUGUUGACUCCAGAUGGUGAGGGUGUCUGAACUCCCUUUUACUGUGAACAAUGCUUCUGUUACCACUUUAUUGCCAGUGGCCUUACUCAAACAGCAGAGUAGGGCUCGGCUCACAUGACAUCAUGACUCCAGUGUUUAACACACUCCUUUGUUCAAAACACUCCUUUGUUUGAUGCAUAUUGUUCAAAAAUGAUUAAUAUUUAACUAAUAAAUAAAUAGUUUGUAUGAAACCA